AUGCCGUCUUUCUCGAGCGAAUCUUACCAGACGGCUACGGCAACCACCACGACAACCCAUGCUCCCCGCUCGUUCGAUUCUACGCAUCGCAAGUCGCACGACAAAAGCUCCGUCGGAAACACUUUCCUGUGGACCAACUGGCCCAACGGCGACGCCAACCACGACGCUCACCCGAAUGACCGCCCGGUGAUCACCAACCUCAAGAACGGUAGCGCAUAUUCCCUGAAUGGCACUCGGUCCAGCAUCGGCUCCUAUACGCGCGACCUGCCGCACUCCAAGGACGGCAGCAUGCACUCGCUGGGCAAUGGCUCGGUCAGGGAUCCCCGAGACUCUGGCAGGCCAUCGGCCAUGUUAGAUCGGAAAUCAUCAGACGCUGGGCCUGGCGCCGGCUCCACGAUAGCGCCGGCUUCAAACCAACAGGUCAAUGGCGGCACUACGACCUGGAGCCACCGGUCCGCCCAGGGGAAGACGAUGGUCAAUGGUGACUCUCACCGCCCCUCUGCAGAUGAACCCCCAGUCUCAGAUCGGGCUACCAGCCCAUCGACCUCGCUACUGCAGAUUCCCAAUCCUGAUGACACCGGUCGUCACUCCCCAGACCCGGAUCGAUUGAGCCCGGGACCCAAACCCAGCCCUCACCGAUACUCUUCCCCUCCCGCCCCCUCAUCUCCAGACACUACCAUUAUGCCAGAAUCACAACAAUCAAGUAUGCGGCAUCGACACUCGCUACAAGUUCCAAGGGUCCCCAGCGGUCGGCGAAACAGCCGGGAUCAAGGCGAAGAUACUGCAUACGCCAGCGGCCGACUCUCCCCCACCUCGGCUGGACCACGCCGCACAUCAUUCAGCCUGAUUCGACGGACAACAAGAACACAGUCAGAACCCAUGGAUGAGGCGGUACCGGAUGAGGAAGCGGCACGUUGGGCGGAAGCCAUCAAACAAAAACGAGCAUCACGGCGACGACGCGAGGACGAUGACGAUGAACGCGUGAUCGUCGGUACCAAAGUCGACCAGAAUCACGUCAACUAUGUCACCGCAUACAACAUGUUGACGGGUAUUCGGUUUACAGUCUCUCGGAUCAAUGCAAAGAUGGACCGGGAACUGACCCCCGCAGACUUUGAAGCUAAACACAAGUUCUCCUUUGAUAUAACCGGCAACGAAUUGAUCCCCUCCGCAAAAUACGACUUCAAAUUCAAGGACUAUGCGCCCUGGGUGUUCCGUCACUUGCGCGCCAAGUUCAACCUCGAUCCCGCCGACUACCUGAUGUCUCUGACUAGCAAGUACAUUCUGUCUGAACUGGGCUCGCCUGGAAAGAGUGGCAGUUUCUUCUACUUCUCGCGCGACUACAAGUACAUCAUCAAGACUAUCCACCAUUCUGAGCAUAAGCUUCUAAGGAAGAUCUUGCCACUAUACUACAAGCACGUGCAAGAUAACCCCAACACCUUGAUCUCGCAGUUCUACGGUCUGCACCGAGUGAAGAUGGCGUAUGGCCGCAAGAUCCACUUCGUCGUUAUGAACAACCUGUUCCCGCCGCACCGCGAUAUCCACCAGACGUUCGACCUGAAAGGCUCGACGAUUGGCCGUGAUUUGCAGGAGUCUGAUCUGGAGCGGAACCCACGGGCGACUAUGAAGGAUUUGAACUGGGUGCGGAGGGAUCGUCAUCUGCAGUGUGGACCUGAGAAGCGAUUCGACUUUAUCGAGCAACUGACCAAGGAUGUGGAGCUGCUCAAGAAGCUCAAGAUCAUGGAUUAUUCACUACUUGUUGGCAUCCACGACGUGGAGCGCGGCAACGAAGAGAAACUCCGUGACAAGACGCUUCAAGUCUUCCAGCCCGGUGGUGAUCGUGAAGAAGAGGCCAAGGGUAAUAUGCUGAUGCGGACGCCGUCAAAACUCGAGAACGAACGCAAGGCCCGUGAGUUGCGCAUGCUGAUCAAGCGUGAGCGACCAGUGCCAUUGGACAAAGCAGCCGCGAAGAUGCCUGAGGAGGUUCUUGACUCUCGGAAGCAGAAUCUGAAAUUCUACUCUGACGACGGCGGGUUCCGCGCCACUCACGAGGACGGCACCUUUAGUGACGAGAUCUACUACCUCGGUAUCAUUGACUGUCUCACGCACUACGGUAUGGUCAAGAAGAUCGAGAACUUCUUCAAGGGUCUUUCCCACGAUCGAACUCAAAUCUCUCCGAUUCCGCCGGAGAGCUAUGGAGAUCGAUUUGUGAACUUUGUCAAGGGCAUCACCAUGUCCAAGGAGGAGGCUGAGCGACGACGUGAGUCGCAGGCUUCAGGUGCGGUUUUGAAUGAGAAACGCCAAUCCCGGUCUUCCUCUGUGGAGCGCACCAUGCAGGCAGCCGAGAAGGAGGCGGCGAAGGAUGUGUCGGUUACCCACCCUCGCACUUUGGCCACCAUGUGGGAUCCUGCAGAUGCAGCCGGUCCAGUCCCAUCCUCUACCCUACCCAUCGUCGAAGAAGCCGGCGAAGCUAGCAGCGUUGGUGGUCACAGCUCACACAGCCGACAGGGCCGGCGAUUGUCUGAUAAGGAUCUUCCUCCCGUGCCAACCGACGAGCGUCCACCCAACUCUACCAAGGGCAAGGAAAUUGACCGGAGUGAAGAUUACCUCGCGAACAAGCGCCAGCGAUAA